AUGGUAUCCACCGACUUCGCACAUCGGCGUAAAGGCCAGUUGACAGGGAAACUGCAGCGAUCGACAAGGGACCUUGUCGGUCGUUCAACAGCCAUGUGGGAUAAUUCAAAAUAUCGCUACCAUCAAUCGACAAUGGAAAUAUGGCACAAAUCAGCAGACUCAUUAAAUGGUUCGAAGGAUCGGUGUCAUCAGUCGGUUAAAUUGAUGCUCUAUCGAUCGGUGUCAAAAUGGAAUCAAUCAGCAGAUCAGUUACACCGAGUCGCUCGUAUUGAAGACACGAAACAGCAUGUUCCAGCGCGCGAUGGGCAAACCCAAGAGCAAACCCCCCACAAUCACGAUUUUACUCACGGGAACUCAACUCGCAAUCAACAAACUCAUCUCCAAACCCCAAGACUACUGAAAUCAAUCAUAUCUGCCUCGGUCACUGGACCUUCACUAUCUACGGAGGAGCAGAUCGAAGAGUUUUACGAAGCAACUGUACUCGUCAAUUCCACGGCGAAGCAGACAAGACAGUUGCGUGAUGACAAAAGAACAGACCUGGGCGAGAUCGAGCUUGAGUGGAUCAACUCGACCAUCAACGAUGCCGAAAAUGCCGCCAACGAUUUAGCUGCAUUUGCGAAUCAAUUUAAACAAAUCAGCCACCAAAACCGCAGCGGUUGGAAGCGUCGUGACUAUGAAGUUGCCCUGAAAAAGGAAUCCCACAUGCUUCUUUCUCAUGGCAAACUCAGGACGGUUCUUAGCCACCUUGGCUCACUACAAACCACUUUGGGCAAGGAUAAAGCAUUUUUCUCUCCACCUAAGGUUUCGACAGUCGCUUCUCCAAUUUCGGAACUUCCAUGUGAGACGAGUGUCAUAUCUGUUUUCGGGCUUCAAUGCUUGUCACCCUUGAAAACCGAGCGACCUAUACCGAAAAUCAUCGUGACACAAUAUGAUGGUGAUUAUGACGAUAAUGAGAUAUACUCCCAUACCGAUGAAAGUCCUCCCCCAAGCUACGAUGCAAGUGGUAUGAACAGGAUGGCAGAGUUACGGUGA